GGGUCCACCAUAAGUAGUGUGCACCGAAUAACAGUGUAUUGAUAAUCUCUGAAAUCGUCGUCUUCCUUAGUCUAGACGAAGAAGAGAGAGAAAGAGAAGAAGAAGAAGAGAUGGGAGGAGCUCAAGCGAUGAAGUAUAUUCCUCGAAUCAAAUUUCCUCAAAGACAUCCAAAACCAUCUGGUUCUGCAUCUGAGACUCAAGCACCAACUAAAACUGCUGCUUUCACUUUCUUCUCAAGUUCAAAGGCUUCAACAAGUUUGGGAGGGAAAGCUUCACUUCAGCCCAAACGGACACCAGUGUCCAAUGAUGAGAUUGAGGCUGUUCUGUUGGGUGGAUGCAUCUGAUCUGAUCUGAUGUCAUGAUAUGAUGGAGCUUCAAGGUUGCAAUGUAUUCUAUUGAGUAUUAAUAACCAUUUUACAGUAUAUCAAAGUUGAUCUUUUGUAACAAUUCAUUAUUGAAAUUUAUGACAAAAGAUGUGAUUUUGCAUUCUAUUCUCAAAACCAUGAUAUACUCUUAUGUAUCUGUCUAUUGAUUGAUAUAAAUAUAAUUGAGAGUUUGCUUGCACUGGUUUAUUUAUUUUAUUUUGAUAAAUAUGAAACUGCACAUUCAGUACAAAAAUUUACAUAACAUUUGAUUGAUUGUUAAACUUAGACAAGAAUCACUCUGAAUCCUUUUGGAGCAGAGGUUCAAGGAUAGCAGACUUGGGAUUUUUCCCCGGAGGUCCCUUGUCUCUGCGCUGUAACUCCUCCAGGCGAAAAGUAAUCAACCGAUCCCAGUUUCCUCCCUCGAAAAGAACUCCAGCUUUUCCAUCAGUGAUCCUCUGAACAAUACCACAGUACAUGUAGUAAGGACUAUUUUGGUUACUCACAAUGGCAAUCAUUCCAGGGAGUAACAUCGGCAUAUCAGGUGCUUUCGAUUUCUUUAAGCUUAUAGCUUGUGUUUUAUUUUCAACCGAAGGCAUUUUUGGAGGCGGGUUUUUCUCAAUGAAACUCUUUAAACCCUUUUCACCACCAGGAAACCCUCCAGUGAGUCCCAUUAACUCCUUAUCGAAACCUUCUUCUGGUACCGAAGAAAUCACAGGGCUCUCUUGUUUUUCUUCUUCCUUGUUGUCAUCUGUUUGAGUUGCUAUGUCUUCAACAUUCUUUCUCAGCUCUUGUUGCAGACCCUCUUCGCCAUUGCAGAGUCCUCUUCCUCCAAGAAUUUCGGAGAGGUUGAAUUUGGCACAUGGUCUUAGUAGUUGUUGUUGUUGGGGUUUGUAAGGAAUGAAACCAAGCUUAUUGGGACGAUUAGAUAUGAAGUUUCCACCAUGGAAAUAGUAAGACUUAAAAGUUGGGAGAGAGAUGUUAGAAGAGGAAGCCAUAUUGGUUUAACAGUAGCC